UUUCCCCCUUGGCUUCUUUGACUUGCGCACUAGCUGGCAGGGUGUAGCCUGCUCGGAUGUAGUUCUCUUCCUGCGAACUUUUUUCUCCUUUUCCAUGGCGGUGCUUUUAGCGCAGUAGUGGAAGUUUGUUAGCGCUUUAAAGAGCGGAAAGUCGGAGAAGGUCGGUCUGCCGUGGUCGAGAGUAGCUGCGCGUUCACGCAUGAUUUUAUUAUCGGCUUGGCGAGCUCGGUAGCUGGAGAGUUACCGCACGUUCACGAGCGCGCACGGAUUGCUGUUUUGAAGGAAACUCACUGGAAAAGAAGGAGAGCUGAGAUAGCGCGGACGGACGGACGAACGGACCGACCGAGAACACAAUGCGCUGCUUGGGUCUUGUUUUAAGUUUACUGACUGUAUGGCUCGGGAGGGGGCACGCCGCUAUGGACGAGUGCGUGGACGAGGCGAACCAGCCGCAACGCUGCAUGCCGGAGUUCGUGAACGCAGCCUUUAACGUGACCGUCGUGGCCACAAACACGUGUGGUUCUCCUCCUGAAGAGUACUGCGUCCAAACCGGCGUUACCGGAGUCACCAAGUCGUGCCACAUCUGCGAUGCCCGCGACCCCAGGUACCAUCACAGUGCCGUCUACCUCACCGACUAUAACAACCAGGCCGAGACCACUUGGUGGCAAAGUCAGACCAUGUUAGCUGGCAUCCAGUACCCCGGCUCCAUCAAUCUAACCCUGCAUUUAGGAAAGGCCUUCGACAUCACCUACGUGCGCCUGAAAUUCCACACCAGCCGUCCAGAGAGCUUCGUGAUCUACAAGCGCACGCGGGAAGACGGCCCCUGGAUCCCGUACCAGUACUACAGCGGCUCGUGCGAGAAAACCUACAGCAAGGUCAACCGCGGUUUCAUUCGCACGGGCGAAGACGAACAGCAGGCGGUCUGCACCGACGAAUUCAGCGACAUCUCGCCCCUCACCGGCGGGAACGUGGCUUUCUCUACGCUCGAGGGACGGCCCAGCGCUUACAACUUCGACAACAGUCCUGUGCUCCAGGACUGGGUGACCGCCACAGACAUCAAAGUGACCCUGAACAGACUGAACACGUUCGGAGACGAAGUAUUCAACGACCCCAAGGUCCUCAAGUCCUACUACUACGCCAUCUCUGACUUCGCUGUAGGAGGAAGGUGCAAGUGUAACGGCCACGCCAGCGAGUGCGUGAAGAACGAGUACAGCAAGCUGGUCUGCAACUGCAAGCACAACACCGAGGGUGACGACUGCAACGUCUGCAAGCCGUUCUACAACGACCGACCCUGGAGGAGAGCCACCGCCGACAACCCCAACGAGUGCCUGCCAUGCAACUGCAACGGCAAAAGCAGCGAAUGCAACUUCGACCCGGAGCUGUACCGCGCCACAGGCCACGGAGGCCACUGCGGCAACUGCGCAGACAACACGGACGGACCCAACUGCGAGCGCUGCCUGGACAACUUCUACAGAUCGGGACCAGGCCAGCGCUGCCUGCCCUGCAACUGUAACUCCGUGGGCUCUCUCAGUACUCAGUGUGACAAUACGGGUCGGUGUAGCUGCAAACCGGGCGUGAUGGGAGACAAGUGCGACCGCUGCCAGCCGGGAUACCAUUCGCUGACCGAGGCGGGCUGCAGCCCCUGCUCCUGUAACCCCUCCGGAAGCACACAGGAGUGCGACGUCAACACAGGACGCUGUCGGUGCAAGGAGAACGUGGACGGCUUCAACUGCGACAGGUGUAAGCUGGGAUACUUUAACCUGGACCCCCAGAAUCCUCAAGGAUGCACGCCAUGCUUCUGCUUCCACCAUUCCACCGUCUGUGAGAGCGCCAAUGGCUACAGCGUGCACACCAUCACCUCCAACUUUAACAGAGAUGAUGACGACUGGAAGGGGCAACAGAGAGACGGUUCCAGUGUGGAAGUGCAGUGGUCUCCAAGCUCUCAGGAAAUCUCACUCAUCUCAGAUGAUUACUUCCCCAUGUACUUUGUGGCUCCAGAGAAAUUCCUGGGCAACCAGUUGCUAAGCUACGGUCAGAACCUGUCUUUGAACUUCCGAGUCGAGCGCCGUGACGCACGUCUCUCGGCCGAGGACAUGCUGCUGGAGGGAGCCGGUCAGCGCAUUGCUGUUCCCCUCAUUGCUCAGGGUAACGCUUACCCAGGAGAGCAGAUGCAAUCCUUCGUGUUCAGGCUCCACCACACUUCAGACUAUCCCUGGAGACCAGAGCUGUCCCACUCCGACUUCCAGAAGCUUCUGCACAAUCUGACCUCCAUCAAAAUCCGUGGUACCUACAGUGAGAAAAGUGCCGGCUACUUGGAUAACGUGUCCUUGGUGACGGCGCGGCGCGGACCCGGGACUCCGGCGCGCUGGGUGGAGAAGUGUUCCUGUCCUCAGGGCUACGUGGGCCAGCACUGCGGCCAGUGCGCCCCGGGAUACAGGAGAACCCGGCCUGAUAUGGGUCACUUCAGCCCCUGCGAACCCUGCGUCUGCAACGGCCACAGUGACACCUGCGACUCCGUGACAGGGAUGUGUAACUGCCAGCACAAUACGGCCGGAAUGAGCUGCGAGAGGUGUAAGGACGGUUUCUAUGGCGAUGCCACGGACGGCACGGCGUCCGCCUGUCAGCCGUGCCCGUGCCCCGCGGGAGCCACUUGCGCGAUGGUGCCCAAGACCAAAGAGGUGGUGUGUACCAACUGUCCACUCGGAACUACAGGCAAGCGCUGCGAGCUGUGCGACGACGGCUUCUUCGGCGACCCGCUGGGCACCAGCGGGCCGGUGAGGACCUGCCGAGAGUGCAAGUGCAACAGCAACAUCGACCCCAACGCCGUGGGCAACUGCGACCGCGAGAACGGAGAGUGCCUCAAGUGCAUCUACGACACCAGCGGCUUCUUCUGCGACCGCUGCAAGGAAGGGUACUACGGCAACGCCUUGGCUAGCAACCCCGCCGACAAGUGCAAACUGUGCGCCUGCUCUACUCAUGGCACGGACGGACAGAAAACCUGCGCGCAGAAGACGGGCGAGUGCAAGUGUCUCCCACACGUCAUGAAACGAGACUGCAGCGCCUGCGAGCCAGGAUAUUACGACCUCCAGAGUGGCAAAGGCUGCAGACGGUGCAACUGCAAUGCUAUCGGCUCCACUAACGGCCAGUGUGACAUCGCGAGCGGGCAGUGCGAGUGCCAGCCUGGUGUGACGGGGCAGCACUGCGAGCGCUGUGAGGUCAACUUCUUCGGCUUCAGCGCUUCCGGGUGCAAACCCUGUGACUGUGACCUAGAGGGCUCCAGGUCAGCUCAGUGCAGAGAAGACGGUCGUUGUGAGUGCCGCCCAGGCUUCGUGGGCACACGCUGCGAUAUGUGUGAGGAGAACUACUUCUACAAUCGCUCUACUCCUGGCUGCCAGCAGUGCCCUAACUGCUAUAACCUAGUCAGGGACAAGGUGAACCAGCAGAGACAGAAGCUCCAUGAACUGCAGAACCUGAUUGAUAACCUGGGCAGCCAGGAUACUGUGAGUGACAAGGACUUUGAAGACCGUCUGAAGGAGGCUGAACAAGCCAUAAUGGAUUUACUGGUGGAGGCUCAGGCCAGUAAAGAUGUAGACAAAGGCCUGCUAGAUCGCCUGAAGGGCAUCAACAACACUCUAACCACUCAGUGGAACCGGCUGCAGAACAUCAGGAACACCGUGGAGGACACUGGAAACCUGGCAGAUAAAGCUCGCAACCGCGUGCGCGACACUGAAAAGCUGAUAGACCGGGCCAGAGAGGAGCUGGACAAGGCUAAAGACGCCAUCAGUAAAGUGGACAUCAAAAUUCCCACGACCUCUGGAGACCCCAACAACAUGACCCUGCUGGCUGAGGAGGCGCGCACUCUGGCGGAGAAGCAUAAGAAAGACGCCGACCAGAUCGAGAAGAUUGCCAAAGACGCUAACGAGACCUCCACCAAGGCUUUUAACUUACUGAAAAAGACUCUGGAGGGUGAAGAUAAGAUUAAUAAGGAUAUUGAUGAACUGAACAAGAAGUAUAACGACGCUAAGGAUCUGGAAAAGAACCUGGAAAAGCAGGCCGGUAAGGUGCGAGCCGAAGCCGAGGAGGCGGGAGAAAAAGCUCUGAAAAUCUUCGCCAACCUGACCAGCCUGCCUCCCUUCGAUAUCAAGGCGUUAGAGGACGAGGCGGCUAAAAUAAAGAAGGAGGCGUCGGACCUGGAUAACCUCAUCGACAAGACUGAGAAAGAGUACAACGACCUGAGAGACGACCUGAGGGGCAAAGAAAACGAAGUCAGCAAGCUGCUCGACAAAGGAAAGACUGAACAACAGACGGCUGAUCAGCUGUUGGCACGGGCAGACGCAGCCAAGGCCCUGGCGGAAGAAGCAGCGAAGAAAGGGAUGACGACCUUCCAAGAAGCGCAGGAUAUUCUUGAAAACCUCAGAGAUUUCGAUAGGAGAGUGAACGACAACAAGACCACGGCGGAGGAGGCUUUGAAACGCAUCCCGCAAAUCAACGCCACCAUCAACGCGGCCAACGACAAGACCCGGCAGGCCGAGGAAGCUCUCGGCAAUGCCGCGGCCGACGCCAAAGACGCCAAGACCAAAGCCGAGGAAGCUGAUAAAAUAGCCAGCAACGUCCAGAAGGGUGCGGCUAAAGCCAAAGACGAUGCCGAGAAGGCCUUCGGGGACACCAUGAAGCUGGAUAAGGAGGUGCAGGACCUGAUGAAACAGCUGGCGGAUGCCGAGAACGAGCUAGAGAAGAAGAAAGAUGAUGCCAUGCAGGAUAUGAUGAUGGCUGGCAUGGCAUCUGACAACGCCAAGGAAGCAGAAAACAACGCCCGCAAAGCCAAAGACGCCGUCGACAACGUCCUCAACACGAUCAACGGCCUGCUAGGCCAGCUAGGAAACAUCGACAAGGUGGACCUGACCAAGCUGGAUCAGAUCGACCGCUCCCUGAAGGACGCCAAGGACAAAAUGGCAACGAGCGACCUGGACAAGAAACUGAAGGAGCUGAACGACAUGGCCAAGAGCCAGGAGGACAUGAUCGGCGACUACGAGCGGCAGAUCCGCCAGAUCCGCGACGACAUCGCCAACCUGAACGACAUCAAGAACACCCUGCCCAACGGCUGCUUCAACACGCCGUCCCUCGAGCGGCCCUAAACCCUCCGCCCCUCGUAUGAUGCGGUCCUUUUAACCGAAGCCAUUUCAUAUUUCAGCGCAGAUCUUUAUUCCCGGGUUCGCAGUAACGCUCCUGUUCCUGCCUCGAAGCGAACCCAGCAAUCGGCUCAAGGGGGACGGGAGGGAUGGAGGGGCGGGGUUUGGAUGAUUCAUACGUUUUAAGCUAUCGCCCAACACUACAUCGCUUUAUUAUUUUGCCAUUUAGCAUUGGUUCAGAAACGGACAGUGAAGGAAUCUUAUUUGCUACUUUCUUCUCAUUUCAAUUCGCCUCUCUCUCUCUCUCUCUCUCUCAUGCCAAUUCACCUCGAGUCACAAACCCAACCCAAUCCAGAAAGGGCGGCGCGUAGAGAGCACACUCGCGCAGCACACUUCACUACAGUAUUCGGUCUGAUCCGUGUCAGACUACAGACGGCAUGCAAACUGUGUACGUUUCUUUAUUUUAUUAUUAGUGUUUUUUUUGUUUUUUUUUAAUAUAUAUCCAGCAGUCGGUGAAUUGUUCGGUGAAUCGUCGUCAUGAUGCAUUUAAUUAUUAUGUAAUUAUUUUCUAACACUACAGUUUUUUUUCCCCAGACGCUGCUGCUUACUUACAGGUGUACAGCAAAUCAUGUUUGCUUUUUAUUUUAUUUUAUUUUAUUUUAUUAUUAUUUUUUUUUCCUCAAGGCAUAAUCCAACACUAUGCAACUUUGUACAUUGCGUAGCGAGACUUUUUAUCUGAUACACUGGUGCUAAUAAUUAUUUUAAAAUGUUCUAUUUUUGUGUGAAUGUUCUUUUUUUAUUAUUAUGAUAUCGAGUGAGGAUUUGUUUGUUUGUGUAAAUAUAUUCCUAUAUGUUUUAGAAGCUACCGCCCGGCCGAUUGGCACAGGUUUUCUGAGAUAGAUCGACCGAAACCUUCACAUCCGUAGUAUACACCCAUCAGCCACGACGUUAAAACCACCUCCUUGUUUUUACACUCAUUUUGUAGUUCUACAAUUACUGACUGUAGUCUGUCUCUUUCUCUGCAUGCUUUGUUAGCCCCCUUAAAUUCUGUUCUUCAAUGGUCAGGAUGCCGAUUGCGUCGUGCUUCCUCUCCACCAGUGCCCAUCCCUGCUCUGAUUGAGGAGGACGAAGCUAACCCGCGCCCCCUCCGACACGUGGGCAGCAUGCCGUACGCGUCUCAUCACCCGCACUUUGACGAGUGCAGUGCAGCUCAGCGUUGUGUACGGAGAGACACACCCCGAGAGCACUCUUUUCUCAUCUCUGUCAUGGGAGAGAGACCCCAUCCGGCUUAGUCCCGCCCAUACCUGAACAACAGGCCGAUCGUUGUUCAUGUGGCCGCUCAGCCUUAGCCGGCAGGCAGAGCUGAGAUUCGAUACGACGUAUUCGAGAUCCCAGCUCUGGUUCCAGCGUGUGUUUUUUACCACUGCGCCACCUGAGCGACACCUGACUGUCACUGCUGGAUUGAGAAUAGUCCACCAACCAAAAAUAUCCAGCCAACAGCAACCCGUGUGCAGCAUCCUGUGACCGCUGAUGAAGGUCUAGAAGAUGACCAACUCAAACAGCAGCAAUAGAUGAGCGACUGUCUCUGACUUUACAUCUACAAGGUGGACCAACUAGGUAGGAGUGUCUAAUAGAGUAGUGAGUGGAACACACACUAACACACCACCACCAUGUCAGUGUCACUGCAGUGCUGAGAAUGAUCCACCACCUAAAUAAUACCUGCUCUGUGGUGGUCCUGACCAUUGAGGAACAGGAUGUAGAGAAACAGAUGGACUACAAAGUGCUUCUAUAUGGUAAGUGGAGCUGAUAAAAUGGACAGCGAGUGUAGAAACAAGGAGGUGCUUUUAAUGUUAUGGCUGAUCAGUGUAUAAAUACGUUUAUGUUAUAAUAAUAAGUCCUGUGGUAUAAUAUGCUUGCUUGUAUACACGGCUAAAUCGGUUGCCUAAUAAUAGCGCCGCCGUUUAUUGUACUUGCGUUUUCAUUUCAGCGGGUGGUUAUUAAAUAUAAAGGUAUAUUGCUUUUGUAAUACGAUCCUGAUCCCUUAACUAAAAUGUCUAAUCAUUUAUGACGCGUCUAACGCUCACCCACUCACUUUCUUAACCGCUUAUCCAAUUAGGGUCUUAGGAGGGGUGCUGGAGCCUAUCCCAGCUUUUCGAUGGGCGCAAGGCACACACUGACACCCUGGACGGGGCGCCGGUCCAUCGCAGGGCAGACACACACACUCGUACACACACCCAUUCAUCUAUAGGGUAAUUCAGUGUCUCUAAUUAACCUGACUGCAUGUCUCCACACAGACACGGGAGGGACAUGCACACUCCGCCCCCACCUAGGGAUCGAACCCAGGACCUUCCUGCUGUGGUCCCAUUUUUAAGUGCCUUUUUUCCAGUGUAAUCCUCACCCUACCCAGUUUAUCCUGAAUCUUGUCUUACAUUUCUAAUCCUAUCCAUUUAAAGAAGCAGGGAUAUUAAAACACACUCCGUUACAGGUGCGUCCUCUCGACAUUUCACUCCACUUGUUUUCCCUUUCAUUUUAUUUGUAUUUUUUCAAGCUCCAGUUCUUGGUUCUAACCGUCGACACUGCGUCGUGUACUUUGUGUAUUUCUGUGUAUCUGCUUUACCAGCGUGAACAGUGCAACAUCUACAUCUUGAAUACAACAGUGUUUCUAAUUUAUAAACAAUCAAGUAUUCGUUAACUCUCGGUUCGUCUUUGCACGGUCUGUAUGUUGGAUUGAAGCUCACCGGCGUUCGUCUAUCAUGACGCUCUUCACACACACACACGGGAACCUAAGAACCUCCAGCUUGUUACCAACCCAACUGCCUGUAAAUCCAAGUAUAACAUUUAAAUAAUAAACAGUGAUAUUUCCAGAA